CUUCAUUGCUUAAAUUGUCUCACCUCCUCACUUCUCCUCACCUCCCUAACCCUUUCUAAAGCUUUGGAAAGACGAAACCAAAGGAACCCAAGAAAGGAGUAAGGAGAAGAGCAAUGGCGAUCACCAAAAUCACAUCCUCCGGCCUAACCAUAGCCCUCUUCGUCGCCUUCCUUGUUUCAUUUCCCAUCGCAUCAGCUCAAGCUCCAUCGAUGUCACCAGCUGGAGCCCCCACUGCGGCGGCACCGUCCGGCGACUGCAUGACAGCUCUGCUUACCAUGUCGCAUUGUUUGACUUAUGUGGAGACCGGAAGCAAAUUGAAAACACCAGACAAAGCUUGCUGCCCUGAAUUAGCAGGGUUAGUGGAUAGCAAUCCGGCCUGCCUUUGCCAGCUUUUUGGUAACACUUCAAGCUAUGGAUUCACACUAGAUAGGAACAAGGCCUUAGGGCUUCCUAAGGUUUGUAAGAUCACCACACCUUCACUAAGCUUGUGUGCAGAGAUAGGGAUCCCAAUUGGAGCUCCAGUAGCAAGUGAAGCACCAGGUGCAUCACCCCCAGCAGAAAGAAUUAUAGAGGCACCAAUAGUUUCUCCAUCAACAACAAAGAAUGGUGCUUCAAGCAGUAUGACAGGAUUUGAUCUUCUCUUCCUCACUGGUCUAUCAAGUUUGGCUCUUCAAUUUUUUUUCUGAUGAGGAACUUUCAGCAUACUUGUGUUUCUUAAGGAAUUAAAAGUUAGAUCAUUUAUCUUCAUUACAAUUGUAAUGACCAGAAGACAUAUUCACUGGAAAAAUUACUUAUUGUAACCUUAAUUUGGCAUUAUUUAUAUCCUUGUAAUUCAUUUCAUUGAAAUAGUUUGUAUUUGCCCCUUGA